UCGGCGGAGAACGCGCUCGCUCGCUCCCUCGCUUCCUUGCUCACUCGCUCGGCGCCCGGACCAGGCGCCCCGCAGCCCCGCAGCCCCGCAGCCCCGCAGCCCCGCAGCCCCGCAGCUCCGCAGAUCCUCAGCCCUGGUUUUAAGAUGAUGGGAUUGGGAAAUGGGCGUCGCAGCAUGAAGUCUCCGCCCCUUAUCAUGGCUGCCCUGGUGGCCUGCGUCAUUGUGCUGGGCUUCAAUUAUUGGCUUGCAAGCUCCAGAAGCAUGGAACUCCAGACACGCAUCUUGGAGCUGGAAGGCCGGGUGCGCCGGGCCGCCGCAGAGAGGGGUGCUGUAGAGCUGAAGAAGAACGAGUUCCAAGGCGAACUGCAGAAGCAGCGGGAGCAGCUCGACAGGAUCCAGUCCAGCCACAGCUUCCAGAUGGAGAACGUCAACAGGAUGCACCAGGACGAGAAGGCGAUUUUGGUGACUAACAUCACCACAGGAGAGAAGCUCAUCAGAGACCUGAAAGCCCAGCUGAAGGCUCUGCAGAGCAGUUAUGGCAGACUGCAGCAGGACAUCUUCCAGUUCCAGAGGAACCAGACUAGCCUGGAGAAGAAGUUCUCCUAUGACCUGAGCCAGUGUAUCAACCAGAUGAAAGAGGUGAAGGAGCAGUGUGAAGAACGGAUAGAAGAGGUCACCAGGAAGAGAAACGAGGUGGUCAUUUCCAGAGAUGCAGGUGACAAAAACACCCAGCGUCAGCAGCCCCUCAAGCCUCAACCUGAGUUUCAGGAAGUCAUCCCAGCAAAGGAUCAGCUGCCACAAGGGGAAGGGGCUGUGCCCAGGAACCAGUCCCAGACACCAGCCCCCAGUUCAGAGGUGCGGGAUUUGAAACCACACGAGCAGAAUGAGGAAAGCAACAAGAUUCAGAUUGUCAGUGAGGAGCAUGGCCUGGGACCACCGAAGGCAUCAGUCCAAAACCAGGCCCCCGCUGAUGACAUACCUGUAGGAGCUGGGAGACCUCAGCAGAUCGCACAAGGGCCAGCUGCUCUGUUGGCUAAGCCUGAGGAUUCUCAGUACCCCGAGCGGUACCAGCUUGUCGUCCAAGAUGGGCAGGAGAAGCAGCAUGCUGCUGAGGAAGAGAGGAACCAGCAGCAGUUGAGAGACGACUACGACACAGACGAAAACGAAGCCGAGUCUGAGAGAGACAAGCAGGCCGUCCUUGCGGGGAACGAUGGCGAUAAAAACGUUUUUAAUGAUGAAGAUCAGAAGAGAGGCCCAGUAGAUGCACCCAAUGGGAGUGAAAAGCAGAAGCCCGUCCUAAAUCAAGCAGGAGUCCAUAAUCCUCAGGAGGCCUGAACAGAGAUCCAGCAAAGGCUCACCAACGACUGAGUACGAACCUGAAAUGUACAAAGUAGAUGCGCAUUGGCAGAUGAUGAUUCCGGGGUUUAAUCAGUACACUGUAGCAAAGACAGUUUGGGGACCUUUAAAGUGUCUACAGAGGAUGUCAAAAUUGGUCAAGCUUUCUUAAUAGGUAUUUCUUGAGCAAGUCAGGCAACACCGAAGAGAAAUGAGGUUGUUCUGUGGGGCGGUGUCUGCGGGACAGAGCAGCAGCAGCAGGAGGCCAGCUGCUGGCCAACGGCCGUGCCCCUUCCUGUGCGCUGCUUGCCAGUUUCUGUUCACUGGACCCGUGUGGCUCAUCUCUCCUGCACACACCUGAUCCCACCACCGAUGGCCUGGAGCUUACUGUCAGCAUGACCACCACUAGUCAGUGUAGAAAAGUCUCAAUACAAUGUUGUUCUGUGCAAAAGUAAAUUAAAAGACAGCCAUUACAUCAGGCUAACCCUUGGACUCAGAAGGCUGAGGCAGGAAGAUUGCUAUAGGCUUGGGCCAGUCCUAGCUACAUAGUGAAUUUCAAGUCAGAUUGGGCAAGAAAGUAAGACCCCGUCUUAAAACACCAAUUGUGGGGGAGAAUUUCCUUUCUUCUUCUUCUUCUUCUUUUUUUUUUUUUAAAGACUACUGGUUCAGAUAACCUUUGUUAUUCUUUUGAUGUACUACAGAACACUAUUAACUUAGUCAUAUGUGAGCAUCAAUGGUCUCUGCCUUGUUUUUUGAGUAGGCAAAGGGAAGUCUCUGGUAAGCCACUGCCCCUCACCGGGAAAGGCAGUGGCUGGACUGGGCUCUGGAUGCAGAGCACUGCAAGGACAGAGGCCCAGAGACUCACAGUUGUGUUGCUGUGACAGUCCCGGAAGAAGGGCUGGCUGCCGGGGACACCCAGGUCAUAGCAGGGGUUUUUCUGUAGGUAUGUAUUGGUUUGGAAACCCCACCAGGUUCAUGGAGUUUCCCGACUGUAGUUGGUCCUUGAUUCUGAUCACUGGGUUCUAACCAACUGUAACUUGACGGCAGUCACCCUGACAACAGAACUGCUUUCCGUUGUUCUCUGAAGAGUGAGACACUCCACAGGGUCUGAGGUGGUCUGGUGUUUGUUGGUCUGACUCAGUGGACAGUGCUGGUUAGUUGGGACGCUCCACCACUAGAGGCCACUGGAAAACCUCUAGUGCCUUUGGGGCUGGCUGAAAAAUCCCUGCAGUGUACAUGCAUGCCCAGGUGUCCACUCUUCCUGUCAGCCAUUCUGCUCUUUAAAACAUACCGAUCACCCAUGGCAGAUGUGGGUUGUGUCUCCCUGCCCAACCAACCAGAUUUGGUGCUCACCCCACCCGAUCUAACAUACAACCGUGUGUUUAGAUGGACACUCGUUUACCUGCAAGGUCCUCAGACACACUGUUAGCGCACUACAUUCUACUCCAAGCUUCCACGUUCAAGGGGACUUUGUAUUUCCUAUUGCUCAUUUCCUGCCUUAGCUCUGGUUCUGGUUUAAAGUGUAGACGUUGAUGACAUCGUAUGCUGAUUUUCUUUCAACAAGUAAAAUAGAUGAGGAGACCACUCUGGUCUCUGAGCUCUAAAAUUGCCAGCUGUCUAAUGUCUGUGCUUGACACUUGAGCCAGACCAUCUCAGUACUGACGAGGAAGUCGGCAACAGCCUGACCUCCAUCUUUGCUAGCACUGCAAUCAAGUCCACUCAGGCAUGUUUCCAAGUAUUUCUAGGAAAUGUUUUGAUAAAAGGAAGGCAUCCUGAGGUUGGGGCACAGCUCCCUGAGAGCAUCUGCCUAGUAUGUACAAGGCCCUGGUUGCAUCUUCAGCACCACCAAAAAGUAUCAAAUUAGAACUAGAACACUGAAAUCUCAGGACCAUUUUUACCAUAUGCCAAAUGAACUGCCGAUGCUCUUGGGCCAACCCACACAAAACCAGGCUAAAGUUCAGAGUAGCUCACUGUGCUAAAACCACUGCUCCUACAGAGGACAAAAGGGAAGGCCUACAGGCUUAGACAGUUGUUACGUAACAUACACCAGUGCAGAGGGAUGGGGCCGCUGGCUGGUGGACUGAGAACAGGACCUGCAUCUCAAUACAGUUCGAGGGCUCAGCUGGAACAAAGGCGUGUACCGCAUUCAAACAGACCUAAGGCUCAGCAGUGUACACACCUCGCCCGCUGCCACUAGCAGCAGACACUGCAGCGGGAUGUGGUUUCUUAAACUGUAUGAUUGUAACUCCUCGCAAAUCUGUGUCUCCCCUCAAAAUCCAUUUCAAAUUUCAACAGAAUCUAAAUGCUUAAUAAACUCAUGUUUUGAAA